AUAGUGGGCAGGGCCAAAAGUCAGCUCUACAAAGCCACCUUUUGCACAUGUGCGCCUGUUUCAAACAGAUGGAACACAGUAAACACAUGCCUGACAAAAUGAUCACAAUCUUUUUUUGUCUUGUUUGUGGUGCUUUAGCAGCAGCUCAGGAGUCCAACGAGAUCCUCCACCCUGCAGCCAGCAAGUUUGGAAACCACAGAGCAAACCAGCAAGUCCAGAGACCAGCAGCUGUCCGACAGGAGGAGCCACCUUUCCUUGAACCGUUGUCUUGGAGAUUUCCAGAGGAACCAACUAAAGAUGAACCUCAUUUCCCUCCAAACUUUGAGUUGAGAACUACAGUGGCACCUGACAGCAUCAAAGUCAUCUGUGGGGACAACUCUAUCAGAGUGGAAGCCAAGAGAGACCUGUUGGGGAUUGGUGUUCUGGUUCAGACUGCAGAUGUCACACUGGGAGGAUGUGCUGCCACAGAGGAAGCCAAGGCUCAGAUCCUAAUCUUUGAGUCUGAGCUUCAUGGUUGCGGCAGCCAGUUACUGAUGUCUGAGGAGGCAUUCAUUUAUGUGUUCACACUGCUCUACACGCCCAGCCCUCUGGGGGGCAGUCCCAUCGUCCGAACUAUAGAUUUCUCUGUCAGCAUCGAGUGUCACUACCGGAGGAAGAAUGAUGUGAGCAGUGACGUGCUGAAGCCAACUUGGGCUCCUUUCAGUGAGACCAACGCAUCAGAGGAAAGUCUCUACUUCUCCCUCAGAUUAAUGACUGAUGACUGGCAGUUCCCUCGUUCAAGCACUCAGUUUUUUCUGGGAGACAUGAUAAAGUUUGAAGCUUCAGUUGAACAGUUUCACCACGUCCCUCUCAGAGUAACUGUAGACAGCUGUGUGGCAACUGUGGUCCCAAAUGUGGACACUGUCCCUCGAUACGCAUUCUUGGGAAAUAAUGGGUGUAUGUUUGACGGUCAGCUGACAGGAUCCAGCUCUCGCUUCCUGCCUCAGUCUCACAAAGACAAACUACAAUUUGAGUUGGAGGCCUUCAGGUUCCAGCACGGAAACAGUGAUGUGAUAUACAUUACCUGCAGCCUGAAGGCCACAGAAGCUGCUGCAAAUGUCAAUGCUACCAACAAAGCCUGUUCAUUCUCCAGUGGGUGGAGGGAGGCCAGUGGCAUCCAUCAUGCCUGCUCCUGCUGUGACACAGACUGCAGGGCAGGCACAAAGAGCAGCCUGACUGUAAAGGGUACAAAGUGGGAAAAGGAAAUGGCUGUUGGACCAAUCACAGUAAAGGAGAAACCUCUAAGAUGGAAAAAGGACCUUAUUCAAUAAUAAAGGUCUUUUACACUAA